GCUUAAUUUUUUGUCUGUGUGGUGGUGGUGGUUUACUAAACUAGAUCCAUUGCAAAUAUUUGGUUUACCCUUUGGCCAUUGCUGAUAUUUUGUCUCCCCCCGCCUUCCACCUGUAAAGAAUUGGCCUCUUUCCCCUGUGUUGUAUAAAGAGGGUGUGAGUGGGUUUUGUGAUAGGAGGGCGCUGGGAGGUCUUGUGGGGGGAGGGGAUUUAAUACAUUUGUGCAAUCGCACGUACAUAUUUGCACUCACAACUCAGAUCCUGGCUUUUCCGUGCUGCUGAGGAAGGGGGGUGGGUGGGGACAGGCCUUGCUUCUCCCCUCACCCUAAAGAUAGCUACCCCACACAACCCCUCUCCCCCGUUGAUGUUCUCCUCUGGACUCGUUUGUUCUGAAUCCCAUUUUAAAGAGGCAUCAAUCUCCUGGGAAUGCGAGAGAGAGAGAGAGAGAGAGAGAGAGAGAGAGAAAGAGAGAGAGAACUGGAGAGAGAGAGCGUGGACACAUUUGAGCAGGCCGCAGCCGGACAUCCGUGGAGGUUGGACAGGGAAAAAAACCACAAAGAGAGAUUUUGAAGAUGGUUGACUUGGCCCUUCCUGAAACUGUUUUCUGCCUUCGCUUGGUGGGAAAGUCCUCUCAACGUCCGUAGCCGUGCAGAGAAAACUUGCCUUUCUGAGUCCCACCUACUCUGUGGGUCUUCCUUUGUGGGUCUGAAAACUUGAUGGUGCACCUCAACUGGUUCCUUGUUCAUCUCCACCAUCUGUGACAGCUGCAGCUGCUGCUCUUGGAAGGCCACCUGGUCAAAACUCCUCCAGCCUUCGGAACGAGGUGUCCAAAAGAUGUCCCACAACAUGUCAACCUCUUCUGUCUCCUGCCCGGGGAAGUUUGAAGCCACAUCUCCUUCACCGUCACAAGGAAGGCUUCCGUUGACACGAGAUGAAUUGCCCUGAAAAGAGCUAUCCAAAUCCUCCCGGAUCUUGUCACCAAUCCCGUUGCUCCUAGGAUCCCGCCAUCUUCCCUGAUUUGGGAGAUGUUUCGGUGCCUGAGUGACUUUUCCAUCCGCCAAGGGGGGAGUCCGUCAUCCCAUCCCCCCGCUCCCAGUCACCGAUCUCCAAAUCCCUAGGAGCCAGAUUGACGCCAGAUCGACGUCCGUCUGCCAAUCCUGAGACUGGGCUCCAGAAUUUGGGGAGAAGCUCCUCUGUCCUCCCUAACGCUGCGGAUAUGCAGAGGUCUUCUACCCGUUUCACUGACCUCCCACGAGUCCUGCUUUCUUCCCGCCAGUGCCACGAAGGACCUGUUUGUGGCCUUUUUCGGGUAUGCGCUGAGGGUCGCCUAAGAGGACUUGGUGUGCGGAGCGUCCCACAGACCCCAGAGGACAUCCUUGCGGUGUGUUAUUUCUUCCAAAACAAAAAAGGACUGUCUGUUCUGGUUAACCUGUUUCACCUGUCAUCGGGUUCAGCUCAGCCCAAGGCCUUCAAGAGGAAGAUCUCCGUGGCCUCAUCCUCCGUGGCCAAAGGCUCCAUCGCCACGAACAGUGAUACCGAAGGAAGCCAGUUGGCGGGCCGCAAACGGCGCUGGGGCUCCAGCACCGCCACAACCCAGAAGAAACCUUCAAUCAGCAUCACCACCGAGUCCCUCAAGAGCCUGAUCCCGGAGUUUAAGCCACCUCCAGGAGGCCAGGAAGCCGUGAUGGACCUUCAUGCCGACAACUCCCGCAUCUCCGAAGACGAAGACGAGCACCACUUGGAAGAGCCAGCUCAUGAGAAAGCACUCAAGAUCUGCCGUACCGUCAUGCAGGUGGUCCCCGUCAAAGGGCAAGAGAAUGGCCAAGGGGAGGAGGAGGAAGAGGAGAAGGUCCACGAGGAAGAACAGCCGGAGUCGGCACCCGUUAUCUCUGUAGAAACUGUGGUUCUGCCUCCCCUGGUAGAGCACGAAGUCAAAAAAGUCACACUGAGCGACACGCUCACCCGGCGGUCCAUCAGCCAGCAGUGUUCCAGGGUCUCCAUCACCAUCGACGAUCCCGUCCGCACGGCCCAGGUGCCCUCUCCACCACAGGGCAAGGUCAGCUGUAUCGUUCACAUCUGCAACCUGGUGAGGCCCUUCACCCUGGGGCAGCUGAAGGAGCUGCUGGGCCGGACAGGCACCCUGGUGGAGGAGGCUUUUUGGAUCGACAAGAUCAAAUCGCACUGCUUCGUCACAUAUUCAACAGUGGAAGAAGCUGUCGUGACGCGAAACACCCUUCAUGGGGUCAAGUGGCCACAGUCUAACCCCAAGUUUUUAUCUGCUGAUUUUGUGGAGCAGGAUGAGCUGGAUUUCCAUCGUGGUCUUCUGGCUGACCGUCCUGCCGAGGCCAAGGCGGAUGAAGCGCCCACCUUCCCCGGGGUGGGCCCAACCACGCGUGGGGAACGGGAGCUGUCCCGGCGCUUGGAGGCACGGGAGCGGGAGGCGGCCGUGCGGGAGCAGUGGGCCGAACGAGAGCGAGAGAUGGAGCGCCGGGAGAGGACCCUGGCAGAACGGGAGUGGGAUCGGGACAAGGUGCGCGAGGGGCCCCGUUCACGCUCCCGGUCCCGAGAGAAACGCCGCAAAGAGCGGCCCAAAUCGAAGGAGAAGAAAGCAGAGAAGAAAGAAAAAGCCCAGGAAGAACCUCCAGCUAAACUUCUCGAUGAUCUGUUCUGCAAAACCAAGUCAGCCCCUUGCAUUUAUUGGUUACCCCUCACGGACAUCCAGUGUGUCCAGAAACAGGCUGAGCGAGCAGCUCGUGCUCGAGAACGGGAACGCCGGCGCAAAGAAUUGGAAGCCGAGGAAGCCCGUCAGCGGGACCGUAACCGCCAAGCUGAGCGGGACAAGCGGCGGGAACACAGCAGAGAGCGAGAACGCGAGCACCCCAAUGCCACCAGUGGUGGUGGGGCCAGUCGAGCAGGUGAAUGUGGCGGCCGGGGAGACCGUGAACGGCGCAAAGCCAAAAGCCGCCACAGUCGGAGUCAGAGCACGCCUGUACAGGACAGAGGGGGGCGCCGCUGAGCUAUUCCCCAGCCUUCCUUUUGACCUUUAGGGGGGGGGGAGGAGUUGGUGGUGGGGGCACUUUCCCUGAAUCAAGCUCCUGAGUUUUGCAGGCAAGGAGGAACAAGGAGGGGUAGAGAGUUUCUUUGCCCACUGCUGGAAGGGCCAAGAGGGGUCUGGUGUGGCUGGUGGCGGCCAAAGUGGUAGGGCUCUCCCCCCCUUCCCCUAAUGGGAUAAGUUUGAUUCCGGACCCCUCCUGCUCCCCUCUUCUGGAGCCAGUGUCCUUCCUGUUGAUUUGUAUUUUAUUUUGGGAAAAUGUUUUUUUUAUUCUUCUGAUGAUAUAGGAAAGAGAGCAUAAUAAAGAGA